GUACCGAUAGUACAAUGAACGCGGGGUUUCUUGCUAGGGAACAAUCCGUUGAAACUGCAGGGCAGAUUUUCGUCACCACCCUCCAAGGUGCUGAUACCGCUGUCGUUUUCUCACCGACAUGCGCUUACAAUUAUUUUCUCACUUCAAACCUGCAAACUUCAAGAAACUAUGGGUGUCAAAGAAGAAUUGGAAGCUCUCCGCAGCCAAGGCGUCACAAAGAAGAACGCCAGCAAACUAAAGGAUGCCUCAGGUUUGUCGACUCCGGAGGCGGAAGAAAACGCGAUCAAGGCCGAGCAGGAACGUACACGCAUCGGCAACUACAAAAAGGACGCUGAGCAGAACCUGCAGUCCUACAACGAAGCGAAAAUUUCAGUAGCAAAAGGAGGCAACCCUUCGAUCCCGGCCAGUCCUAGCAAGGGAGUACCAGCCCCAAAGAAAGAAAGUGCCAAGGCAACACCAGCGCCAGUAUCAGCACCGGUGUCAGCACCAGCACCAGCUGCAGCUGGAGGUGCAGAUGCCGAAGAAGAGGUUCCCACACUAGAGGAAGUCCCCGACUUGGAAGAAAUGCCUUCUAUGGAUGCCGCUAGUUCCGCAGCUACACAAAGCGUCGCUGUUCCUCCUCCCGCUCCUGCACCUAUUAACCGCGCGGAACGCAAAGCCCGCAGAAUGAUGGAAAAGCUUGGAAUGAAAGCUGUCCCCGGAAUUUCCCAGGUCGUUCUCAAAAUGCGAGGUGGAGGUGUCCGCGGUGGAAUAUUUACUAUCGCUUCCCCGGAUUGCUAUGAAAAGAACGGAUCGUAUGUUAUCUUUGGAGAGGCUCGCCAGGGUGGUGGUGGUCUCGGUGGCGCAACGCAAGCCCAGCAGCAAGCCCAAGCGAUCCAGCAAUUGGCAGCCAUGGCAAAAUCGGAUGGAAGUGGUAUCGAAAUGCCCGCAGGAGCAGCCGCUGGCGGAGAAUCCCCGCAAGUCGAAAAAGCCGACACCGCUGUCGACGAAACUGGUUUGGAGGCCAAAGACAUUGAUCUCUGCGUUGCACAAGCUGGCUGCUCGCGAGCCAAGGCUGUCAAAGCACUUCGAGAAAACGAUGGUGACUUGGUCAAUGCCAUCAUGUCUUUGACUUCCUAGGAAUAGCAAACAUUCUUACAAUAGAAAAAACAAAAGCUA